AUGACUCGUGAGUCGCCAGCUGACUGGUGUCAGACGGUCCUAAUAGUGCUGAUCAAGUUUUGUCGUCAGAUACCACUGUCCCCAGCGAUCUGCCAGUCCCGAAAGACGAUGGAGCAUGCAACCACCUCACUGGAACGACAUUCCCGUCGAUCCAACUGCCAUCAACUGCCGGGAACAAUGUCAAUCUCUCCACUCUGUCCGGUUUGACAGUGCUGUUCUGCUAUCCGCGAACCGGUGCUCCGGACGAAACCAUCCCGGAUCCAUGGAACGAGAUUCCCGGAGCAAGGGGUACGCUUCUUCAGUCCUCUAUAUAACCCAUAGCCAAGCUGAUGAUGAUCAUUCCAAGGCUGCACGCCCCAAGCAUGUUCUUUCCGAGACGCAGCCCAGGAGUUUCUCCAGCUCGGCGUAAGCCACAUCUUCGGUGCCAGCACGCAAGAUACCCCCUACCAGCGAGAAGUGAAAGAAAGAGUUCAUCUGCCCUACCAAUUGCUCAGCGACGAGAAGCUGGAGUUGCAGAAAGCUUUGGAUCUGCCGACUUUUGAAUGGCAAGACAAGAAGCUGAUCAAGCGGAUGAGCAUGGUCGUUGAAGACGGCAAGAUCAUCAAGGUCUUCUAUCCCGUCUUUCCGCCGUCGGAGAGCGCCAAUGAGGUGAUGAAGUGGUUGAGGACGUAUGCUGGUCGGCAGAACCUGUCGACCGUGCAGGAGAAUGAGACCAUGCGCAAUUUGCAGCAUCGUUGA